GCGCCGGUGCCGCGGACUGCCAACGUGCAGAAGAAGACGCGGACGCGAGGACAAGAGGAAGAAACAUGACAGGGCGCGCGAAAAGAAAACCCAGAUGCAGUCAGGAGUCAGGUGCAGGCAAUGGGGAGCUGAAGAAAGCCCGUACUGAAGAGUCCAAAGCCGCUCCGAUGUCAAAGGUUGAUUCAGAGCAACGUGAUGAGAUGGUGCGACUGUACAAGCUUCAAAUGCCAGAAGACCUUUACCACUUCUGGGAUUUCUGCAAGGAACUUUGUCCUGACGACCCACGUGGUGCGCUGCAAGAAACUCUGGGUUUGCAGCUAGUUGGUCCGUUUGACAUUCUGGCUGGAGCUCACAAAAGCUCAAAGAAUCCACACCCUAACUUCCAUCUUCACUGGCGGUACAUUUACGACCCACCAGAGUUUCAGACCAUACUUCACGGAUGUGAGGACAGCCAGCAUCACAUCGGCUAUUUCAGAGACACUCCAGACUCCCUCCCUUCGUUUGUGGGGGAGAGUGAAGCCAAGAAGGGCUGCACUAUAACACAGAUGGGGGACAACUUGUUUGCUGCUGUCCUCCUAUAUCUUCUGCGGAAGAGGAAAGAGAGGGGCAACAAGAAGGCAGGGGGAGAAGCUUUGGAAAUCUUGGAGGCAAAGCUGAGAGACAGGACAGAGACACUGGGCUUGUCUUUCGAGCAGAAGACCAAAGGCAUGAAGCUGAGGGACAAGAGGGUGGUUACAAAGACGUUCCACGGUGCUGGCAUCGUUGUGCCUGUAGACAAGAAUGAUGUAGGAUACAGAGAACUUCCAGAAACAGAUGCUGGUCUCAAAAAGAUCUGCAAGGCGAUUGCUGAUGCACGAAAUGAUGAAGAGCGCGUCAAAGCGUUUGGACCUCUCCAGGAGAUGAUCACGUUUGUUCAGUUUGCCAAUGAUGAGUGUGACUAUGGAAUGGGCUAUGAGCUGGGAAUAGACCUCUUCUGUUACGGAUCCCAUUAUUUUCAUAAGGUAAUCAGGCAGCUCCUGCCCAUGGCCUACAGCUUGCUGAAACGAAAUUUAUUUGGGGAAAUUUUGGAGGCCCACCUCUCAGGUCGUAGCCAUGACAACCUGGACCAACUCUCUGCACACUAGAAACACUCCGAAGAUCAUUUCAGUUCUUGUUCUUAUAAGCUUUUUCCCACCAUGUGUCCCUGUCUUCUGUCUGUUUGUCAGUGUUCAUGUUUCUUGGUGGUUUUGGUGCUGCUGUCAUUAAUUGGAACCAGUUCAAUGACAUUUUGUUUGUAAAAGGUAGAUGUCUAAUAAAAUAUUUUUAUAUUUUUA